AUGGGUGAACUAUGGGCAUUGGUUGCCGAAAAUACAUCUACUAAUCGUAUGCUCAAUGUUGAUGUAACAGUAACAGAAUCGUUGGAUGUUCGAAAUUCUCGAAAUUCUUUUAUUAUACUCGAUUCCAUUCCGCCCAAUCAUCGUCAACUUCUAUUUCUCAUGGAAAUGACUUCGGAACGUAGCCAAGUUGCCGAAAAAAUUCACCGCCCACGUCCAUAUUCAUGUACAUACAAACUUAGUUCGAUAGAACGAAGACCUCCAGAACCCAUAAUUCAUAGAGCCGAUGAUAUACAUGCGAUACGACCAAUUACCUAA